GCUUUAGGUGACAUGGAAGUCCCAAACAGGGUACCAUUCAUUAAUGGUAGUGAAUUGAGGGGCAUAACUUAGAAACUUGAAAAAACAUGGAUACACCUUAGAAACUCAAAUACCUUAGGAGUAUAGCUUAGAAAAAACCCAAAAAAAAAAAAGAAAAAUGAAAGUGGCCCCACUUGGCCACUUGAACCCAUUGAACAGUAAUUGCCAAUAAGAAAAAAAAAAAAGAAAGAAAAAAAACUUCCCAUGGCCACUUCUAAACUAUACCCCUAAGGUAUUCGAGUUUUUAAGGUGUACCCAUACUUUUUCAAGUUUCUAAGUUGUGCCCUUCAACUCUUUAUCAAUACUAAAAUGUACCCUUAUAAGUUGUUUAAAAGUUAUUUGAGAGAGUGAUUUCGUGGCUUCAGAUUUCAUUAUUAGGGUUGCGGUGGCUAAGAUUUCUUUCUCCUACCAUUUCCUUACCUUUUAUCAUCUUUUUAUUAAAUUUAUAGUUAACUUUAGGUGACAUGGAAAUCCCAAACAGGGUACCAUUCAUUAAUGGUAGUGAAUUGAGGGGCAUAACUUAGAAACUUGAAAAAACAUGAAUACACCUUAGAAACUCAAAUACCUUAGGAGUAUAGCUUAGAAAAACCCAAAAAAAAAAAGAAAAAUGAAAGUGGCCCCACUUGGCCACUUGAACCCAUUGAACAGUAAUUGCCAAUAAGAAAAAAAAAAAAAAAAAAAAAAAAAAAAAAACUGAUCAGCGUAGCCCCCUACCUCCUCUUCUUCUUCCUCCUGCUCCUCUCUCUCUCAGCUCGCCAUUGAAGUGCAGUCAACGUUCUCCAUUGAAGCGCCUUCUGAUACUUGUAUCCGCCAUUGCAGCAGCUUCUUAGAUAUUGGCUGUGCAUUUCUGUGAACUUUUUGGUUUGCAUUUUGCAAACACGUAGUGUGAACAUGGGUCGUCUAAAGAUGCAAUCUGGUAUAAAGGCUAUUGAAGAAGAACCUGAAGAAUCUGAAGUUGCAUCAUCUGACAAAGCUGCUUUAUCAUGUAUGAUUAACUCAGAAAUUGGUGCUGUAUUGGCAAUCAUGAGAAGGAAUGUGAGAUGGGGUGGUCGCUACAUGUCAGGGGAUGACCAGUUAGAACAUUCUCUUAUCCAAUCUUUGAAAGCUUUGCGUAAGCAAGUCUUUGUGUGGCAACAACAGUGGCAUAAUAUCAAUCCUGUUUUGUACCUCCAACCAUUUUUAGAUGUUAUUCGUUCUGAUGAAACUGGCGCUCCCAUUACCAGUGUUGCUUUGUCAUCUGUGUACAAGAUCUUAACUCUUGACGUGCUUGAUCUUAACACCACAAAUAUUGAAGAUGCCAUGCAUUUGGUUGUUGAUGCUGUUACCAGUUGUCGGUUUGAGGUGACUGAUCCUGCAUCAGAAGAGGUUGUUUUGACCAAGAUUCUUCAGGUUCUGCUGGCUUGUAUGAAAUGUAAAGCAUCUGUUGUAUUGAGUAAUCAGCAUGUUUGUACUAUUGUUAAUACCUGUUUCCGAAUUGUUCAUCAAGCCACAACAAAAGGUGAAUUGUUGCAAGGAAUGGCAGCACAUACAAUGCGUGAACUUGUUAGGAGUAUCUUUUCACAUCUUCCUGAAGUUGAGGGCAUAGAGAAUUCUGUGGUCAACAGAGGCUCAAUAAAUUCAGAGAUUGUUGGCCUUGAUAACGAAUUCAAUUUUUCAGCUGUGCCGUUCAAUAAUGGAAAUGGUAAUUCUGAAUAUGAUGAUCCCACUGCUAAUUUUGGUUCAGUAGCUCCAGUGGGUGUGGGUGCUGGUGCUGUGGAUGAAAAUGGUGCUGAGAAUGGGAAGGAGUCAAAGGCAUAUGAUUUACAUGUGAUGACGGAGCCGUAUGGAGUACCUUCUAUGUUUGAGAUCUUUAAUUUUCUGUGUUCACUGCUUAAUGUUGUCGACCACGUUGGAAUUGGUCCUAGAUCUAAUGGCUUGGCCGUUGAUGAGGAUGCACCUCUCUUUGCCUUGGGUCUCAUAAAUUCAGCUAUUGAGUUAGGUGGGGCUUCUUUUCUCAGUCAUCCCAGCUUACUAAACUUGAUACAGGACGACCUCUUCCGCAACUUGAUGCUUUUUGGUCUGUCACCAAGUCCUCUGAUUCUCUCUAUGGUUUGUAGUAUAGCUCUGAAUCUAUACCAUCAUUUACGAAUGGAGCUUAAACUACAACUCGAGGCUUUCUUUUCUUGCGUGAUCUUAAGACUCGCACAGAGCAGAUAUGGUGCUUCUUACCAGCAGCAAGAGGCUGCAAUGGAGGCCCUUGUUGACUUCUGCAGGCAAAAGACAUUUAUGGUAGAGAUGUAUGCUAACUUAGAUUGCGACAUAACAUGCAGCAAUGUGUUUGAAGAUCUUGCUAAUUUGUUGUCAAAGAGUGCUUUUCCUGUGAACUCUCCUCUGUCUUCUAUGCACAUUCUUGCUCUUGAUGGGCUGAUAGCUGUUAUUCAGGGGAUGGCUGAAAGGAUUGGCAAUGGAUCUCUUGGCUUGGAGCAGGCACCUGUGAGUCUUGAGGAGUAUGCUCCAUUUUGGAUGGUGAAAUGUGACAAUUAUAGUGAUCCUAAUCACUGGGUUCCAUUUGUCCGUCGUAGGAAAUAUAUCAAGAGAAGAUUGAUGAUUGGUGCUGAUCACUUUAAUCGGGAUCCUAAAAAAGGGUUAGAGUUUCUUCAAGGGACACACUUGUUGCCUGAAAAACUUGAUCCGCAGAGUGUGGCUUGCUUCUUCAGAUAUACUGCUGGGUUAGAUAAAAAUCUUGUGGGGGACUUUCUAGGUAAUCAUGAUGAAUUUUGUGUUCAAGUUCUUCACGAAUUUGCUCAGACUUUUGAUUUCCAAGAUAUGAAUUUGGACACAGCUCUGAGACUAUUUUUGGAAACUUUCAGACUUCCUGGAGAGUCACAAAAGAUACAGAGAGUGCUUGAGGCAUUCUCAGAACGAUACUAUGAACAAUCGUCGCAUGUUUUGGCCAACAAAGAUGCUGCAUUUUUACUAUCAUAUUCCAUCAUAAUGCUGAACACGGAUCUGCACAAUGUACAAGUUAAGAAAAAAAUGACUGAAGAGGACUUUAUUCGCAAUAACCGUCAUAUAAAUGAUGGUGAGGAUCUCCCACGUGAAUAUCUGUCAGAAUUAUACCAUUCUAUCUGCAAAAAUGAGAUUCGCACGACACCUGAACAGGGUGCCGGAUUUGCUGAGAUGAAUCCAAGCCGUUGGAUCGAUCUAAUGCACAAAUGUAAGAAGACUGCACCAUAUAUUGUGGCAGAUACAAGGGCUUAUCUUGAUCAUGAUAUGUUUGCUAUAAUGUCCGGUCCUACAAUUGCUGCCAUUUCUGUGGUUUUUGAUCAUGCAGAACAUGUUGAUGUUUAUCGAACUUGCAUUGAUGGCUUCUUAGCUGUCGCAAAGAUAUCCGCCUGCCACCACCUUGAAGAUGUUCUUGAUGAUUUAGUUGUUUCUCUUUGCAAGUUUACAUCCCUUUUAAAUUCAUCUUCUGUCGAAGAACCUGUUUUGGCAUUUGGUGAUGACAUGAAAGCUAGGAUGGCCACUGUUACGGUGUUCACCAUUGCAAAUCGCUAUGGGGACUAUAUUCGCACAGGGUGGAGAAAUAUCCUGGACUGCAUAUUAAGGUUGCACAAGCUUGGUCUUCUUCCUGCCCGUGUUGCUAGUGAUGCUGCGGAUGACUCAGAGCUAUCUUCUGAUCCUGGGCAAGGGAAGCCCCUCUCAAACUCAGUAUCUGCACCUCAUUUGGCAUCCAUGGGUACUCCUAGGAGGUCUUCUGGGCUGAUGGGCCGGUUCAGCCAAUUGUUAUCUCUGGAAACAGAGGAGCCCAGGUCACAGCCCACUGAGCAACAACUUGCUGCUCAUCAGCGUACGCUCCAGACAAUCCAGAAGUGUCACAUUGAUAAUAUAUUUACAGAAAGCAAGUUUCUUCAAGCCGAAUCUCUAUUGCAGCUUGCACGAGCACUCAUAUGGGCUGCUGGUAGGCCUCAGAAAGGGGCUGGUUCACCAGAAGAUGAAGACACUGCUGUUUUCUGUCUUGAAUUAUUAAUUGCUAUUACGUUGAACAACCGAGAUAGGAUUGUUCUUCUCUGGCAGGGGGUUUAUGAGCAUAUUGCAAAUAUUGUACAGUCCACUGUCAUGCCCUGUGCCUUGGUUGAGAAAGCUGUAUUUGGACUUCUUCGUAUAUGCCAGCGACUUCUUCCUUAUAAAGAAAACCUAGCUGAUGAGCUUCUUAGAUCUCUGCAGUUGGUUCUCAAGCUCGAUGCUCGAGUUGCUGAUGCAUACUGUGAGCCGAUCACCCAAGAGGUAACUCGCUUAGUCAAAGCAAAUGCCACUCACAUCCGAUCACAAAUGGGUUGGCGCACCAUUACUUCUCUUCUUUCUGUCACCGCCCGACACCCAGAAGCUUCUGAAUCAGGAUUUGAUGCUUUGGUGUUUAUGAUGUCUGAGGGGGCCCAUUUGUUUCCUUCUAAUUUCAGUUUGUGUAUAGAUUCUGCUAGACAAUUUGCAGAGUCUCGUGUUGGACAAUCUGACCGAUCCAUUCGUGCUCUGGAUCUUAUGGCUGAUUCUGUGGGUUGUCUAGUGAAGUGGGUUCGUGAAACCAAGGAAGCUGUGGAGGAGGAUGCUGUAAAAAUGUCUCAGGACAUUGGGGAGAUGUGGCUGAGACUUGUGCAGGCCCUAAGAAAAGUUUGUUUGGACCAGAGAGAAGAAGUCAGAAAUCAUGCUGUUUCAUCCUUGGAGAAGUGCUUGACUGAAAUAAAUGAAGUCCACCUUGCACACAGUCUCUGGUUGCAAUGUUUCGAUUUGGUUAUCUUCACAAUGCUUGAUGAUUUGCUUGAAAUUUCCCAGGGGCAUUCUCAGAAGGACUAUCGUAACAUGGAAGGGACACAAAUUAUUGCCAUAAAGCUCCUCCCUAAGGUUUUUCUGCAAUUACUCCCUGAACUCUCUCAAUUGACAGCAUUUUGCAAACUAUGGCUGGGCGUUCUUAGUCGGAUGGAAAAAUACAUGAAAGUCAAAAUUAGAGGAAAGAAGAGUGAAAAGCUCCAAGAGCUAGUGUUAGAACUAUUGAAGAACACACUAGUAGAGAUGAAGAACAGGGAAGUCCUUGCUCAGAGGAGUGCAUUAGGUGGAGAUAGUUUGUGGGAAUUAACAUGGUUACAUGUUAACAAUAUCUCUCCAUCUUUGCAAUCUGAAGUAUUCCCAAUCGCAGGAUUUGAAGACAGCAGUAAUGAAACCUCUGCUGAACCUGUGGCCUCAGAAAGCUGAUAAUGUGAUCCAUUCUCGAGCUUAAUCUCAAUGGGGAAAUUGUUCUCAUUUCUGCAUACUAUGAGUGAGAUGAUGUUCUGCCUAACGGCUGAAGUGUGUAUUUGAGUGAUUGCUGGUUUAUACGUAGGGUGGUUGAUAUGAUAUGUAGGUUGUAGAGGAGAGAAUGAGAAAGGUAUGUACACAAUUCUGUCAUGUGUUUUGUUCAGUUAGCCAGAUGGUGUUGAAGACAGAAUUUUCUUGGACUGGGGUUUCUUAAGGUUCUGCAGUUUUCCUAGGUAUAGAACAAAAUGAAUGUACCUGGAAUAUGUUGAUUAAGUCAGUAAAAGAGGAAAUUUGCUGGUCUUCGAUUUAGAUAGUUACAACUUACAAGUUAGACUUAGAGCAUUAUAUUUUUGUGUAAUUGAUGUAUAGAUAUUCAUCCUGAAAGUUUUAGUCCAUUCAAUGUUAACUUGUUAAGUGUCA